UAUACUGCCUUUGAUUAGAUGCAUAAAUAUCUGAAUGUAUAUUCUAUUGCAGAAUAUUAUGCAUGCAAAGAGCAGAGGCAUUUCAGAUGGUAUUAAAGGCAUCACUGCCAUUUCAAUAAACUGUAUAAUUAAUUGUGAGUUUUAACCAUUUUCACCUUCAAGCAAACUGUUGACCUCUUACUCCCUGGUCACAGAGGAAAUGUUAUAUUCAUAUAUGUUAAUGCAUUGUCUGUAAAAAUGUACCUUCAUUUAAAUGGUUAAUUACGUUUUUCCUUAUAAAAAAGGCACUGUGUCUUUGGGAAAAUUAUGAAGAAAAAAUAUAUAUCCACAACCUCUUUCACCAAUCAAUAUUGUAAAUCCUCUGACAUUAUGUAAAGUUUAUUUAUUGUCAUGAAAAAUAACUGCGAAAUGAUAAUCAUUCUUUGGGUAGUACUCGGCUUAAUGUACUCAUGAGACAAGGCUUUCAUGAUCCCCCAUACACUCUGGUGUCGGUCACCUCCCCCCCCGCCAACGUGUGAACGACCGGGGCGUCGCGUGCAUAUAAGCACGGGCUGAAUGUGUGGCGAGAGCACACUGUCAGAAUCGGAUACUACAAGGAACAACUUUGUUCAGCGACUCUGGGAAAGUGAUGGCUUCUCUCCCCGUGUUUUGCGCUCUCUGCGUUGCGCUUUUGGUCAUUGUGGAGGGUUUCAGUCAGGAAGACAUGAAGGAGGCGAUGCUGCAAAAACUGGGACUAGGUGAGGUACCCAGAAUCCACAAGCGGGACCUGGAGAACCUUGUCAUCCCGGCACACAUCAAAAAUAAGUACCUAUCCAUGCUAAAACUGCACAACAAGAGACGGCGUCGCGCUCUGCCCAGCCUUGCCGGAAUAUUGAGAGGCAUCCCUGGAAAUGCAGAUAUCUCUGGUGAGUUCAUAUACUCUGAUGCCAGUCGUCAGCGAAUAGUCUUUGACAUGAAUGCAAGGAUACCAGCGAAUAGCGAGGUGACCAUGGCUGAACUCAAACUGUACAAGAUAGCCCAGCGAAAGCAUUCUAUGAAAGAAAAAAAGAACCAUCGACCAGUGAACAACGCCAGGGUCAGCAUCUAUUGGGUGGAUGUCGUGGAAAACGGAUCGAACAGAACAUCAGUUGUGGAUUCAAGGUUGAUCCCCAUCCAUGAGACUGGCUGGAUCAGCUUUGAUGUGACUCAGGCUGUCCACUAUUGGUCGAAAACACAGCAGAAGAAGCCCAUGCACCUGGAGGUGUGGAUCGAGGGCGAGAGACCUGGCAGCUACGCAGCGGAGAUGGCAAAGGGUGUCCAUUUUACCACCCAGGACCCGAGUGAAAACGCCAUGGGGAGACCGGAGCUGGUUCUUUAUACCCUCAACCUUGACGAAUUUGGGUCAAGUGGCGACUGCGAAACCAACAAAGAUACAUGUUGCCGUGAGAAGUACUUCAUCGACUUCCGUGCCCUUACAUGGACCCAGUACUGGAUCAUCGAACCAGCGGGAUAUGAGGCGUUCAGGUGCACGGGAGGGUGCAAGCAGCCCAAACGUAACUAUGGUUACGGAGAACGAAAAUGCACAGUGGUUGAGAGCGCACCGUUGCCCAUGAUGUACCUCGUCAAAAAGGGGGACUACACCGAGAUAGAGGUGGCGGAGUUCCCCAACAUGAUCGUGGAGAAAUGUGGGUGCACAAUGGACAAUAUUUCUGUUGUAUGAACGCGUUACGUUGCCUUUGAACUGCAAACCAAACCUAAAGUACUUCGAUGAGAAAACGCAGCAGGUAGUGGACAAAACCCGCUAUACAGCGGACUACUUUAUCCUUUAAGCACUUUGAUGUGAAAUUGUAAAUAACCAAACAAGAUAAGUGUCAGUGGGAUUCCUUCGUAAAAGCCCAUGAGGCCACAAGAAAAUAUCAGAUUAUAUUUUUGACCUGUAAAUAGUAUGAGUUUGAGACAUAUUUCACUAUGUUUGAAAAUAAAUUAUUUUUCAUUUUGAAA